UUCGUGUAGCAGACGCCAUGUUUUGAAACGAACGGAAAGUUGGACAAGUUAAAAUACAUUUAAUCAAAUUUCCUUGCAAGUAAUAAUGCAGUGUGUUCGGUGACGGAUAUCGUAUGAAAUGCUUUCAUGAAGUGAUGUGAUAAUUUAAAGCUGUAAUUAGAAGGGCUCAUCAAAGAACAGCUCUUGACAUGAGUGAUUCUCAGGAACCUAGUGACAAAGUUUCAUCAAGCAAACCGAAAAACACCGAGAAAUCCUCAGCCAGUGGUGCCUCACAGAGGUCAUUUGACAGACCAGCCUCAGGAAAGUCCCGAUUGGAUACAUCCAGACGUUAUGAUGACAGACCUUCAAAGCCUGCCUACAAAGCCUCUCCAUCUUCUAAAGGCGGAACCUCAGGAUUUGAUGCCAAAAGAGGAGUGGGCAAGAGUCAAAGUGAGUCUGGAUAUUCUGAUCGGGGAGGGAACUCCAAACGGGGGAGUGACUCUAGGUCCAGCAGUGGAGCUAAGGGAGAUAAGUGGUCUCAAAGAGGGGACAGAGGACCACCUAAACCAGCAGCCAAGGGGGCUACUACAGACAGGGCUGGAAAACGAACUGGUAAAGAUGAGAGAUCAUCUGAAGAAAAGGGAGAUAAAAGAGAUGACAAGAAAUCAUCAGUGAGUAAGGAGUUGAAGUCUGCUGCAGAGCUAGAGGAGCAGUGGCAGAACGAGGAUGAGAAGAAGAGGAAAGCAGAGGAGGAGGCUAAGAAGAUCGAAGAGGAGCGGAUCAGAAAAGAGGAGGAGGAGAAGAGAAAAGUAGAGGAAGAGAAGAAGCGAUUGCUGGAGGAAGAAAUUAAAACUGUCAGAGAUUUUCAACAAGAAUGUCAAGAAAGAUACGAGACCAAGAGAAAGUUACGAGAGAAGAACCAAGAAGCAGCAGAAAACCGCCCUGAUGAGUCCUUCUUCAGUAGACUGGACUCCAGUCUAAAAAAGAACACAGCCUUUGUGAAAAAACUUAAAAAUUUAACUGAGUCCCAAAAAGACAGUUUGACUAAAGACUUUAAUGGGUUGAAUCUCAACAAGUACAUCGGGGAGGCGGCAGCAGCCAUCACAGAGGCGAAGCUGAAGAUGUCCGACAUCGCAUGCGGGGCUCACAUCUGCUGCCUUUUCUAUCAGAGGUACUCUGAAUUCUCAAAUUAUCUGAUGGACAACUGGCAGAAAUACCUACUGAGCAAGAAAGAUGAGAAGAUAAGCAACCCGAGUAAGUACAGAGUGGACCUGAGAUUUUAUGCCGAGCUACUGUCCAUGGGGCUGUUUAAUCUGAGGGAUGGGCUGAAUGUACUAGCUGGUCAAUUGAAUUUGCUGACCAUCAACGAUAAAGAAGAACACAACAAUUUGACCAUACUGACCAGCUUUUGUAAGCACUGUGGGGAUGACUAUGCAGGACUGCUGCCUAGAAAAAUUAGGCUGCUGGCAGAGAAACAUGGAGUGGAAAUUCCCCGCAGCACUCUGCUGCCUCGGGAGCGACAGAAGGGAUGUCGUAACUUACUGGGUGACUACUAUCAGUCUCUGUGUAAACAUUUACUAUUGGACCACAAGGAACUCAAGAAUAUUGAGAGACAGAAUAGGCGCAUUCUACAGACCAAAGGAGAGCUGAGCUCCGAGAGAAAAGAAAAGUUUGACACUAUGUUACAAGCCUACCAGAAACUACUGACCAACACAGCAGUGUUUGCUGACUUGCUGGAUGAGGAUUUACCGGAGUUACCUGAGGAUGAAAUCAAAAGGGAUGAUGACACAGGAUUUGACAUUUUUAACCCAGAGACUAGUGCUGAGUUCCAAUAUACAGGGGACAGUACUCUGUUUGAGGAUGAAGAUGCCAGAUCUUUCUAUGAAACUCUGCCAGAUCUGAAGGCAUUCAUACCAGGGAUCUGUUACAAAGACAGUGAACAGACAGGGGCCAAGGAUGGCAGCAAGGAUGACCUCUCCAGUCUUGAUGAAGACUUAGAGAACCUACAAAUUGAAGAUGUGGAGAGAGAGAUGGAAACAGAGAAACAGAUUGCUGAAGUGGAAAGUAAAGACACCGCUGACCAACAAGAAGAGGAAUCAGAAGAUUUUGGAAUGCUGCCGGAUGUUGAUGGUUUCUUGAAACUAAGAAAGGAAGAUACAGACACGGGCAGCCUAAUGAAGAUGCAGUACGAAGCUUACAUUCAGACACUACCAAACUGUGUCAACAAAGAUCUCAUAGACAAGGCAGCAAUAGAGUUUUGUAUGAAUUUCAACACAAAGAGCAACAGAAAGAAGUUGGUGAGAGCUCUCUUCACGGUCCACCGAACCAGGUAUGAUCUGUUGCCGUUUUACUCCCGUUUCGUGGCGACACUGUUACCCUGCAUGCCUGAUGUGGCGAGUGAUCUGGUACAGCUUCUUAAGGGAGACUUCAGAUGGCAUGUACGAAAGAAGGAUCAAAUUAACAUAGAAUCGAAGUUAAAAACUGUGCGAUUUAUUGGAGAACUAGUUAAAUUUAAGCUUUUUCCAAAGUCAGAAGCUCUUCAUUGCUUGAAAAUGCUGAUGUUUGAUUUUUCCCACCACAACAUUGAGAUGGCAUGUGCCCUGUUGGAUUCAUGUGGACGUUUUCUGUACAGAUCUCAGGACUCCCAUCACAGGACUAAGAUAUAUCUGGAUGUAAUGAUGAGGAAGAAGUCAGCCCUUCACUUAGAGAGUCGAUACACCACCAUGAUAGAGAAUGCAUUUUACUACAGCAAUCCCCCCGAGGCCCAGCAGUCCAUGCAAAAAGUCCGACCACCAAUGCAUGAAUAUAUUCGCAAACUGCUUUAUAAGGAUCUCUCUAAAGUUACCACAGAAAAGGUCCUGAGACAGAUGAGGAGACUUCCAUGGGAUGAUCCAGAGAUAGCAUUCUAUGCCACCAAGUGCCUGAUUGCUGUGUGGAAUGUCCGCUAUAAUUCCAUUCACUGUGCUGCCAAUCUGUUGGCCGGCCUGGCUCCGUAUCAUGAACAUAUAGCCAUCCAGGUAGUGGACGGGGUGCUAGAAGACACCAGGCUUGGGAUGGAGAUAAACCACCCCAAGUACAACCAGAGGCGUGUGAGCUGUGUAAAGUAUCUGGGAGAACUCUAUAACUACCGCAUGGUGGAAUCUGCUGUCAUCUUCAAGACCUUGUACUCCUUCAUCACCUUCGGUGUGGUCAUGGAAGAAGCCAACCCAUCCCCUUUAGAUCCCCCCGAACAUUUGUUCCGGAUCCGUUUGGCCUGUGUCUUAUUGGAGACCUGUGGGACGUACUUUGACAAGGGCUCCAGCAAGAAGAAACUGGACUGCUUCCUCGCCUAUUUCCAGCGAUACUACUGGUUCAAGAGAAACAGUGCUAUCUAUACAGAGGACCGUCCAUUUCCCAUAGACGUGGAGAACCUAAUGAUUGACACAAUGGAAUGUGUGCGGCCCAAAUUGAAACUUCACCAGAACUAUGAAGAUUCAUGUAAAGCUGUAGAGGAUUUAGAGAACGAGUACAAACAGAAAGUAGCCUCAAUGUUGACCAUUAUAGACACAGAUCAGGAGGGGAGUGCCAGUGAGGCAGAGGAGGGACUGGGGACCAUAGAGGAGUCAGAAGAGUAUGGAGAGGAUCUAAGUUUGAGUGGUGUGGAUGAAAGUGAGACCAGUCAAGAGGAGAGUAGUCAGAGGAGCAUGGAGGGAGAAGAGGAAGGAGGGAUCAGCUUUAAUGAGGAAGAGGAGGAGGAUGUCAUGGAGAGUGCAGGGGAAAAUGAAGAUGAGGAUCAGUUGACGAUUAUGAAGGGUGGACCUAAACAUUUGAAAUGCACUGAGGAUGAAGAUUUUAUGACGGCUUUUGACAAAAUGAUGUCCGAGAACAUUCAGGCGCGGACCAAUGAAUCCCUGAAGGUUCCCCAGCUGGAUAUUGCUGUCCCAAUGAAUUUGAAAGACAAAAACAAAAAGACAGUAAAUGUGAAUCUGUAUCCUAUGAGAGAAGAGGAAGUACCUCAGGAAGAAGACAGGUCUAUAGAAUUUGUCCUGAUGACGAGAAGAGGAAACAAACAGCAUUUCACCAACCUGAAUGUCCCUAUAUCCGAGGAGUUUGCCACGAAAUACCGAGAAAGAGAGCAGGCAGAAAAAGCGGAGAAGGAGAAAAUGAAACAAGUAGUGCUAGGAAUUCAUGAAAGACAAGAAGAGGAGGAUUACCAAGAGAUGAUAGCAUCCCUGAACCGUGUCAUGCCAGUGAACACCAACAGAGAAAGGAGGGUGCGCUACCAGCACCCAAAAGGGGCACCUGAUGCAGAUCUUAUCUUUGGAUCCAAGUGAGACUCUCAUCUUGAACAGAAAGCUUAAGUCCAUCCUUAGAACCGAAAGCGGUGAUAAAAGCAGAAAUGUGAGCCCUUCCCAAAACAGGGUAACAGUCGGUGACUGAGGUCGCAUCCAGAGGCCUAACUCCACCAACACCAACAGGGGAUGUAACUCUGGCGUUAGACCUAACGAGAUCUACAGAUUUAAAUGUACAAUACAGUGAUUGAUAAUUCGGUGGUGAUGAAAAGACAUAUUGUGAUUUUUGUGUGUUGGGAAUGUUUGAUAACACAUUGUCUGGUUGAUUGAUUCUAGAUUUAAAUGCUUUCCACUUAGUACGCUGUGCUACUCUACAAGGCUGUCUCAGUGAGGUUCAUGACCUCUGUACAUACACAGCUUCUGAAGAAACUCGUAAUUCGGUGUCUGUGCUGUCUUUAGGGAUCCUUGACGAGUGCCCUAUUUCUAUCGAUCUCUUUUACUUAUAGAUCUUUUUCUCGUGAAAUGACAAAAGAUAUUUGAGAACGCCCUGAUUUUGUAAGAAAUAGCACACUUAAUCAAAUUGCACAAUGUUGUUACAUUGAAUUGUCUUCUUUGUAAGAAUGAUCUAUUUUGAUAUUUCCUUUACAAUCUGCAAUGUGGAUAUCAAAUGUAGAUGUAUAUCUAGCAUAGAUGUAUAGCUGAAGUUCAAAUAUUCACAUAGGAGGGCAUUCAGUGUACACAGAAUGUAGACCAAUGUACUUUGUAUUUUACAUAUCCUCUGUAUUAAUGUUUUCUUCUGAAUUUUUUGUUUUAUUGUUGUUUUCGCCUGAUGAUGUUUUGUUUAGGAUGUUCAUUAUACAGUAUGUUAUUGGCUCGGGGAUGAAAUCAACAGAAUGAAGGAAAAUUAUUAAAAACACAUAAAAGAGAGAAAAAAUUUGACAAA